UUAGCAAAAUUCCGUAACAAACAUCGAUAAUACAAGAUCAUAAAAAGAAAAAUGAAGCCUUUCCACAUGGCCACUCUCGCGGCGCUCAUGGCCGCCGCGGCCGCGGCCGCGACGGCCGCUGGCGCCGUGACGUUCGAUGCGACGAACACGGCGUCGAGCACCGCCGGCGGGCAGCGGUUCGACCGGGAGGUCGGCGUGGACUACGCGAAGCAGGUGCUCGCCGACGCGUCGUCCUUCAUCUGGGACGCCUUCGAGCAGCCCGGCGACGGCGGCGACCGGAAGCCGGUGGACGCGGUGACCCUGACCGUGGAGGACAUCGACGGCGUGGCGUUCACCAGCGGCGACGGCAUCCACCUGAGCGCGCGGUACGUCGGCGGCUACAGCUCCAGCUCCGGCGACGUGAGGACGGAGGUGACCGGCGUGCUGUACCACGAGGCGACGCACGUGUGGCAGUGGGGGCUGCAGGACUACGCGGCGCACUCGUGGGUGUACGAGGGGAUCGCCGACUUCGUGCGGCUGCGCGCCGGCUACGUCGCCGCCGGCUGGGUGCAGCCGGGGCAAGGGAACAGCUGGGAGGACAGCUACUCCGUGACGGCGAGGUUCUUCGACUACUGCGACAGCGUCAAGCCAGGGUUCGUCGCCGACAUCAAUGCCAAGUUGAAGGACGGGUACAAUGUCGACUACUUCGUGCAGAUCACCGGGAAGACCGUGCAGCAGCUGUGGCAGGAUUACAAGGCCAAGUACGGCAACUGAUCGAUCGAUCGAUCAAUGCAUGCAAUUAGAAUGAAUGCCAUGAGAUCAAUUACCAGCGUUGAUUGAUAUAUAUAUAUAUAUAUAUAUAUAUAUAUAUAUAUAUAUAUAUAUAUAUAUAUAUAUAUAUAUAUAUAUAGAUUGUUGGAACUCAUAGCUAUGGAUUUUAUACAAUUAUUACUUGUAUUGCUUACGGAUGAUACAAUAAAACAAGUGUACCAUGUAUAAAAUAUAGUUAAAGUUUGCAGCCAGAUGGAUUAAUUUUGACCAAGUAUGGCUGAGCCUUGACCGUCA